UCGGGACCGAGCUUCAGAAGCAGUCGUCACUUUGGCUCCCUUUUGUCGUGGUCGUUAAGAUUGUGCCCGUUGAUUUCUCCCAGCACUCAAAUCAAACCUUCAAAGCGAUCGAGAUACAAGAUAUAAUAACUAUAGCACUCCAAUUCAAUCUUUUUCCUUCUCUUCUUCUCCUUUUCUGUAUUAUUUUUUCCUGGGAAAAAAUCUUAAUCUUUUCUCUCGACUGACUUUCCUGCUGGGCGGGUCGAUAAUUGUCUUAGUCAAGGAUCCCAACACCACUCUUGCUUUCAAUCCUAUCUCUUCCUUGUCAUCGACUAAACAUCAUCUCCUUGUUGUCUACCCUGGGCACCGUCGUCUACUCUCUUGUUUCUAUUCUCCAGUGUCCCCACACACACACUUAAACUGUCUGUCAUUGUUUGACUUGUGAGCUCUCGUCAGUUUUUAAAUUUUAUUUUUUCGCUAGUGCCGAUCGAUAACGUCGUUUUUUGCGUGUGUGUGUGUGUGUGAGUGGAUUUUGUUAAGUUCAUUUGGGUGGGGAGGAUUUUUAGUUGGGGAGUUCCGAUGAACUGCGCCACGUAUCCCUGGAUGAAAUUGGCUCACAGCGCCACUAUUCCGUGCGUCAGUCAGAUGCUGUCGUCGAAUGGAAAUACUAGUCAUACUAGUGGCACAGCGGGAGCAGGAAGCGGUGGCGGCGGAGGAGGAGAAGAGCAUGAUUCAAUCGAGAGGCCAACGGGAUUCCAGCAGGACUCGACUGGCGACAAGGCGAAACCGAAUCAGGGCGGCGGUACUGGUAAUAGUGGUCCCGACGGCCAACUCAAUCGCAGUUUGAGCUUUGACGGGAGACGUAAAGUUUGGGCCAGGGUUGAGGCCCACUGGGCUCGGGUCACGCUCGAUCGAGACCGUUCAGUCCCGUCUGGCACGGGCCACCACUCGCUUGUCAAAUACGAGCCGCAGGCGGGCGGCGAACAGACUCCGUUUUAUCAGCGCAUUCGCUCCUGGUUGACAAGUCACCCCCAAACACAAACUUAUCAGCAAAGUCCAGUCAUGACAAAAAUUGAAAAUGUGCGGAUGUUGGACCGUUACAACAACAGGAAACCGUCGACGGGCACCUUAUACCUGACUGCCACCCAUUUGAUCUUUGUCGAUCCGGAUGCUAAGAAGGAAACAUGGGUUCUAUUGAUGCAUGUAGCGACAGUGCAAAAGUUGCCUUUAUCGACCGUCGGUGCUCCCCUGCAGAUUCGCUGCAAGACAUUUUUGUCGGUGACCUUCGUGCUGCCGAGAGAACGAGAGUGUCACGACCUCUAUACAAGCCUCAUGCAAAUGUCCCAGCCCUUUCACAUAGAAGAUCUGUAUUGUUUUCAUUACACGUCGAGCCUGGAAGAGAUCCCACGGACGGCCGGAUGGACUUUUUUCGACUUGGAAACGGAAUUCCAUCGGAUGGGUGUUCCCAAUGCCAACUGGACGAUGACCAAUCUCAACAAGGACUAUCAGCUGUGCGACACUUAUCCUCAAUGCCUCUUUGUACCGACUUCGGUGUCGACCAUCGUCUUGGUGGGCAGCGCCAGUUUCCGCAGCAAAGGCCGUCUUCCCGUUUUGACUUAUUUACAUAAAAAUCAGGCGGCGUUAUGUCGGUGCAGUCAACCCCUGUCGGGAUUCAGCGCCCGCUGCGUCGAAGAUGAGCAACUAUUGAACGGGAUCGUCCAGGCCAAUCCCAACGCUAAAUUUAUGUACGUCGUCGAUACCAGGCCGAGAAUAAAUGCCAUGGCAAACAGGGCGGCCGGCAAAGGCUACGAGAACGAGAAUUUCUAUGAGAACAUUAAAUUCCAAUUUUGUGGCAUUGAGAACAUUCAUGUGAUGCGCAGCAGCUUAUCUAAAUUGCUGGAAGCCUGCGAACUCAAGACUCCGUCCAUGGCCGCCUUUAUCAACGGUGUCCAGUCGAGCGGUUGGCUCCGCCACAUCCAUGCCAUCCUGGACACGUCGUUACUCGUCGCCCGAAGUCUCCAGGAAGGUGUCAACGUUCUAGUCCACUGUUCAGACGGCUGGGAUCGGACAGCCCAAGUGUGUUCACUGGCCCAGGUCUUGCUGGACCCUUAUUACCGUACCCUGCAGGGAUUCCAAUCGUUGAUCGAGAAGGAUUGGCUUUCGUUUGGUCACAAAUUCACCGAUCGGUGCGGUUACCUGCAGAGCGACGCCAAGGAAACGGCCCCCGUCUUCACCCAGUUGGUGGACUGCAUGUGGCAACUCCAGCGGGCCUAUCCGUCAGCCUUUCAGUUCAGCGAGAGACUCUUGCUCCACCUGCACGACCACGUCUACUCCAGUCAGUACGGAACGUUCGUCGGUAACUGCGAGAAGGAUCGACUCGAUUUGAAAUUGUCAGACAGGACGUACUCUCUAUGGGGUAACAUUGCCUCCCACCUGGACGAGUUUCUCAAUCCCCUGUACAAAAGCGAAGCUUAUCCGGAACUGUUGGAACCUAAUCUCAUGCCAUCCAACAUUCUCUUCUGGAGGGGACUCUAUUGUCGUUUUGAGAGUGGUGUUCACCCCCGGGAGUCCAUCGCAGAUGUCUUGCUGGCCAACAGGGACCAUUCCACUUCACUGGAGAUGCACAUUGCCCACCUGCAGAAGCGUAUAACAUCCAUGAAAGCGCUGCUGGACGUGUCUACUCCGGUGACGGACAACCGGCUGGCGGAUGAUGAUGAGGAGGAGCAACAACUUCUCGGCCUCCGACUUAAGAAGAGCAUGCAAGUGGUGGACGAGCAUCCGCUGUCGACGUCCAAGUCUGUCGAUUCCGUCUUCUCGGACGGGCCGGGCAUCGACAACACAAUCACGUCGUCGUAUCAAUUGCGCCGUGAAAUCGAUUCCGUCAGCCUCGACUGGCGCAGUCUGCGCAACAUCAAGGAGUGCGUCUGCUCCACGCCGUUCGAUCAUUCCAGCAAGAAAUCACACUGUUGGCGGUGCGGUGAAGUGUUUUGUACGAGAUGCCUGGACAAGCAGACCCCCCUGCCGGGUCACGCUACUCACCGGCCCGUGCCCGUCUGUCGAUCUUGUUACAGAGAAGUUCGACUCUCAUCGUCAUCCAUCACUUCCACUUAAUGGAUGGGCGGAAUAGAAAGAAGAAGAAGAGGAUAUAUAAAAAAAGGUCAAUAUUACAAGAUCAAUAGACUUUUCUUCUUCUUCUUCUUUCUUCUUUUGCUUGGGUAUUUUUUCCUCCGGCAGCGAUGGAUUUGUUCCUGAUUGAACGUCGCCGCUUUCAUAUGAUUUCCCUCUCCUCCGCGCUCUCUUUCUUUUAUUUCCUUCGUACAACAAUUGGAAGGAUAUUAUAUACUUAUUUAUUGUCCCCGGGGCUCUUGAAAAAAAAAGGCAAAAUGAUCCGCUAUUGUGUGUGUACAUAUACCGCUGUGCACUUUGAUGUUUUUAUCGUCAGCUCUCUCCUCCUCCCCUUAUAUAGUGCGUGUUGAUACAAAAUGGAGAGAGGAAUAAAAGCUUCUCCAUUUCCCAAAAAAUAUAUUAAAAAUAGCGAAAUUUCAAAUUAAAUUUGCGUCUCUAAUUUUUCAAACGAUUCGAAUUUUUUAGUUUUGGCGCCUUUUUUUGGGAAUUAAAAGUUUGUAUUUUAGCUCUAUUAAUUUCAAUUGGCGAGAAAAAUUGUAGGGAGAUAUUUCAGCAUUGAGAGAGGAAAACUGGGCAACAAGAGUUUUGUUUCAAAAAUAGUAAAAAUUCAAAUGGCAGUGAUGAAGUACUUUAGUUGUGGUGCACUCGCACUCGUCUUCUUUCCCCUUGAACAACCAACCCAAAAAAAAGUUGAGAAACAAAACAAAACAUUU